AUGACCAUGGAAUGUAUCAUGACACCGUCCUCCCAUCCAGGACAAGACCGUGAUGAUGGUGGAAUUUCGGCCACUUGUCCUUCAAUUGCCCUGAAACAGGGUCCAAUGCUUCAACCCUCCGUAUAA